UCUCACCCUCUGCAGCCUCCUCCAUGAGCGCCAUGCUGAGCUCGCUGAGGUACCUGGCCGGCUCGUCCGGCCCGAGCGGCUACGGCUCGCGCACCACCGCCGAGGAGGCCACCCUGCCCGCCGGCGACCUGAGCCACAUCACCGCCAUCGUCACCGGCGCGACCUCGGGCAUCGGCGCCGAGACGGCCCGCGUGCUCGCCCGGCGCGGCGCCCGGCUCGUGCUCCCGGCGCGCAACCUCAAGGCCGCCGAGGAGGCCCGCGCCCGCAUCCUCGCCGUCCCGGACGGCGACCGCGUCGUGGUGCUCCCGCUUGACCUCUCCUCCCUCGGCUCCGUCCGCCGCUUCGUCGCCCGCUUCCUCGCCCUCCGCCUCCCCCUCAACCUCCUCAUAAACAACGCGGGGCAGUACGCGGAGCGGUUCGCGGUGUCGGAGGACGGCGUGGAGAUGACCUUCGCCACCAACUACCUGGGCCACUUCCUGCUCACCAAGCUGCUGCUGCCGGCCAUGGCGGACACGGCCAGGGCCACCGGCGUGCAGGGCCGGAUCGUCAACGUCUCCUCCACCGUGCACGCCUGGUUCGCCGCCGGCGCCGAGGACGACGGGCCCCUCGCCUACCUCCGCCGCGUCACCCGCAAGGCCACGCCGUACGAUCCGACGCGGGCCUACGCGCUCUCCAAGCUCGCCAACGUGCUCCACACCACGGCCCUCGCCGGCCGGCUCAGGGAGAUGGGCGCCGACGUCACGGCCAACUGCGUCCACCCCGGCAUCGUCCGGACCCGCCUCAUCCGCGACCGCGCCGGCAUCGUCACCAACGCGGUGUUCUUCCUGGCGUCCAAGCUCCUCAAGACGGUUCCCCAGGCGGCGGCAACGACGUGUUACGCGGCGGUGCACCCGGCGGUGGCGGGGGUGUCGGGGAGGUACUUCGCCGACUGCAACGAGGCGGCGCCGUCGAGGCUGGCGUCCAGCGCCGAGGAGGCCUCCAGGCUGUGGAGCUUCUCCGAGGGCAUCGCCGCGGAGGAGAAGGAGAAGGAGAAGGAGAUGAGCCUCCCUGUCACCAGCUUCAGGUUCCAGGUCCAGAGCUCCAACGCCGACCGCGGCAUGGCCAUCGCCUAGAUCCGAGCACCGGAAGGUUAAUUUUGAUCGACGAACGGCCCCGAGAUGCCGCGGAACCUGAAAACGGAGGCUAGAUGUUAGUUUCAGAAAAUAUAUCACAGUAGAAUUAGCAGCAGUAGCAUAUAUACAUAUAUAUGUAUAAGAGUAUAAGAUGUAAAUACACAUACCAAUAUCAAUAUAUAUAUACUGUCAGUGCAAAAAUAUAAUGCCAGUG